GCUAGAGAAUGAUAGAGCGGGUGAAAACAGCCUGUUACGGGCACUAGUACUCAUGUAGGUGUGGUGUAAAGAACAACAGUUGUGUCUGAAGCAUGGAGUUAAAGACAGUGUAAUAAUCCAGGUGCGUAUGAGCGUCAUGGAUGAAGCGAAACUACCGCAGCUGAGAUCAGCGAUAGGGAAUGUCGGGGACGCGUUAGUCAUUAUGAGCCUCGGCACCAACACCAUUGCAUCCAGGGGCUGUUUUUCAGCGUCGUGAUGGUUUAGUGUGUAAGAACGCACCAGCGGGAUCACGCCGUCACACAGGAUAAACAUGGACACGCCGAGGGAAACCAGGAAACAAACAAUCAAAGCGAAAUCGGUCAAGCGCAAGAAUAAGAAGCACAAGUCCCAGAAGCUGUUCAGAAGGAAAUCGUUGGGGAAUUUCAUGAGCAGGAUUGUCAAAACUUUGGGCACUUUGGCACACUUGGGGGACGCGUACCAGCCAGACGCGGCGGAGGAUGACGGUGGGUUUGGAGAGACUCUGAGUGCCCACAGCUCAGGGAAUUACAGAGACAACUCGGCGAGGAAGACCUCGGCGCCUAUAUCUUCUCAUGGAUCUGUCAAAGAAAGACUGUCCUGUUGCUACGGCGAUAAAACUCCAGGAGUUCAGGGUCUGAAGAACCACGGAAACACCUGUUUCAUGAACGCCGUGGUCCAGUGCCUGAGUAACACUGAACUUUUGGCGGAGUAUCUGGGUCUGGAGAAGUACAAAUGUGAAUUAUUUGAUCGGAGAAUAAACGGGAUGGUGAAAAGUGAGGGGGUUAUGUGUGAGGUGACGGAGAAGCUGGCAUCUCUAGUGAGGGCUCUGUGGACGCUUGAUUACACGCCUCAGCUGUCGGUGGAUUUCAAGAGUGUUGUGUCCAAGUAUGGCUCUCAGUUCAAGGGGAAUGCUCAGCAUGAUGCUCUGGAGUUUUUGCUCUGGCUACUGGAUCGAGUGCAUGAGGACGCCAACCUAUCCACCAACAACAACCACAGCAGCAGAACCAAAUCCUCCAGCAAGGGUCUUGUGGAGGUGGAGGAGAGUUCAGUUCCAGUGAGCACACAGCAGCCUGGAACUCGACACAGUUUUGUUCAGGAGCACUUCCAAGCUCAAUACAGGUCAUCACUCACGUGCCCUCAUUGCCUCAAACAGAGCAACACCUUUGACCCUUUCCUGUGUAUAUCCCUACCAAUCCCACUACGACAGACCAGGGCCCUAAAUGUGACUCUGGUGUUUAACACUGAAGGGCAACACUUUCUGAGAGUGGGAUUAGCUGUGCCUCUCUUUGGGUCUGUCUUGACACUCAGGGCCAUGGUAGCAGAGGAGUGGAAGAUAUCUCCAGACCAGGUGAUUUUGACAGAGAUGAACUCAAAUGGAUUCCAACGUUCUUUUUCUGAUGAAGAUGAUAUGACGAGUAUCUCAGAAAGUGAUGUCAUCUACGCCUUCCAGGCCCCACCACUCUUCAUCAGGGGAGGCUCCAAGCAAUUCUCAGGGUUUCAUCACUCCCUCCCUUCCUCCCCAUACACAACAGGACCUGAAGGUCAGCGGUUACCAUCCUUGGGGACGUUAUCAUCAGAAUUUGUGAUUCAGAGUAGCUCUUCAAAGAUUAUCCUGUUAUUCUGCAAUGUAGCUGGGUCUGGCCAACAAGCUACAAGGUUUGGCCCUCCCUUCCUGAUGAGAGUAGAAAGGACUCUUUCUUGGGAUCAACUGCAAAAGAGUGUCUGCAACAAGCUUUACUUAUUUAAAAAAAACAUGAUUGUAAAGACAAGUGAACCAUUUAAGAUCCAUGUGGUGGGUGGGUCAGCUUCCUGCAGUUACCUGUCUCCUCACGACAGCCGACCACUGUGCCAUCCAACCGUGGACAGGGCUCUUAAAUUUUGCGGUCCAGGUUGUCCUCUGCAUGUAAAACUCGUCAUUGAAUGGGAGAACAGAAUCAAAGAAUGUCUCUUUGGUAACAUUCAAGAGGAGGUUAUUGAAGAUGCAGAGAGUGUGAGAAUCCAACAACAGAUUCAUGUACAGCAGCACAGCUGCACACUAGAUGAGUGCUUUCAGCUAUACACCAAAGAGGAACAGCUGGCACUAGAUGAUGCUUGGAAGUGCCCCCACUGUAAGCAGAUGCAGCAGGGCAUGGUGAAGAUGAGCUUAUGGACCCUGCCUGACAUCCUCAUCCUGCAUCUAAAACGCUUUCGACAGGUGGGCAAAAGGCGCAACAAGCUCUCCUCCCUCAUCCGCUUUCCUGUGAGUGGUCUGGAUAUGACUCCCCAUGUGGUGAAACGCAGUCAGAGCAUGAAGAAUCUGUCCCCGUGGCAUCCCACAUGGAAUCAUGGAGAUACUGACUUCCUUUACGAUCUGUAUGCAGUCUGUAACCACCACGGAGGCAUGCAUGGAGGCCAUUACACAGCUUAUUGUAGGAAUUCAGUGGAUGGCCAGUGGUACAGUUAUGAUGACAGCAGUGUAGAGUCGGUACCAGAGGAGGAACUGUGCACGCGAGGGACAUAUAUCCUGUUCUACCAGAGAAGAAAUGUCAUACCACCAUGGUCUGCCAACAGCUCCAUCAGAGGUUCCACCAGCUCCUCCAUGUCUGACCACUGGCUCAUCCGUUUGAAUGGUGACAGUAAAAGGGGAAGUAUGGUAUCACGGUCUUCCACAACAUGCCCUUCUUCCAUCCCAGACUCACCAGAGUCUCCUGUCUUCCAAAACGAACCCUUAAUGGAGGAGAAAGUGUCUUUAGGUGGGUUUGAUAGCAGACCUUUAGUGCGAGGCAUCCAGGGACGUAGCAUAAGUAUGAGAACUCCCACCAAGACCAGAGUGAUGCCACUGCGAUGGUCCUUUGGAAACAAAGACCGCCACAAACCCCCCAUUGCUCCAGCCCCUGCUCAAGCAGAGCUGGUCGAAUAUUUAGAGUCUGGCAGGAGGCCAAGAUGCACCAAAGACCCCAUUGUUGCCCUAAUGACUCAAUCCUCAGAUAAAGAAGGAGUUAAAGAAGACGAUACAAAAAAACCUGCAGCCAGAUCUUCAAGCCACAGCAGUCUUGGGCAUCUAGAAUAUCAAAAAUUACCACAGGAUCAGGAAAGGAACAGCUCAGAGAAGGCAACAGGUCAACAACCCAGCAGCAACAGUCGACCAAAAAAAGAUGACCAGGCGACCAGGCGGAGCAACAGAAAAUCAAAACAGGACCAUACACAGUCCAGAAAGAACUCCGGUUCUGUUAUCCAAUCCAGCUCUAGUAGUCAAAGUGGAUGGGAUACUAUGCAGAGGGAUAGUAAAGGAGAUCCAGGAGAGAAACAAGACCAGCCAGAGGACAAACAGACAAAGCGCCAUGAUAGUGUCUUUUCUUUUCUCAAAAGCAGUUUAAUUAAGAAAGACCCACUUCGCAGGUCUCUGGACAGUGAGUCUUUAAAAAAGGGUGAAGCAGGGAUGAAGAGCCCAUCUGGAAUUUCUCUCUCCAACGGGACCCACAGUAGAACUUCAGAAGAUAAAGCCAGAAGCAUUAACCAAGGUCAUAGCAGACACAGUGGUGAACUUGCAAACGGCAAGAUGAACCAUGAUUCAACAGACAUAAAACGCUCACAAAGUUCUUCCAAUAUUCCAAGUAAGGCUGAUUUAAGCUUGAAAAGAACAGCAUCUCUGCACAGGAACCGCUCAUCAGCAGCCCAGCCACAGACCUCGCACAGGGAUAGGGGCUCUCAGAACAUGCUGCAACACACACGCUAUAGCACAAACUCACUGGGCAGGAAGAAGGCAGUGCCUGAAUCAAGCUUCUGAGACUCUAAUACAUUACAGCCAAAUAUCAAAACUGUGUAACAAAACUACAAAUCUCUCAAUCAAAGAAAUGUAAAAGAAUUGUGGUAAAAAGAUAACAUGAAAGCUUUGAAACGAUCACCAAACGGGCAGCAUGCAAACUAUGGAAUUGCACAUACAUCAGGAACUCAUGUUUGCUCACUUGUGAAAAAUAUCACCUUGAGAAUUACUUUCUUCUGCUUAUAUGAAGUGCCUCUUAACCAGAGCUAUUUUUCAGAUUGUUUAUUUUUGAUUAUGUGUUUUGGCACUGGUAGGACAUGUAUUGACACUUCUACACUGGCCUUUUAGCUCCAUACUAAGAGGAAGAGAAAUUAUUAACAUUUGCAGAUUGUAUUUUCCACAAAUUAGAAUUAUACCUGUAGUCAAGUCAAGUCAAGUGGUUUUUAUUGUCGUUUCAACCAUAUACAGUUAGUACAGUACACAGCAAAACGAGACAACGUUCCUCCAGGACUAUGGUGCUACAUAAAAACAACAAAGGACCAACACAGGACCACAUGAGACAACACAACGAAAUAAAAUACCUAUAUAAAAAAACCUACAUAUACCUAUAUAAAGUGCACGUGCAAACAUGUGCAAAAAGUACAGGACAGUACAACAAAUUUCUGACAAUGAACAGGACAAUAGACAGUGCAGCGCCGACCAGUACUCAGUAGUGCAAAAAGAUGACAGUUUCUAAAAAUGUAAACAUAACAUACUAUGAGAUAAUGUUCUAUGCACAUAGCAGUUAUUGAGGUAGCAGACAGUUAUAAAUUGACAGUAAUUAAAGUGCAACUCAGGACACGUGUGUGUCAAACCAGUCUCUGAGUAUUGAGGAGUCUGAUGGCUUGGGGGAAGAAGCUGUUACACAGUCUGGCCGUGAGGGCCCGAAUGCUUCGGUACCUCUUGCCAGACGGGAGGAGGGUAUUACAUGAAGAAAAUUGCUAUAUAACUUUCUGUGUCACCUCUUGUGAAUGUGCAGAUUGUACAGAUUGGCUGAAAUACUCUCACAUGUUUUCAUGACAUUUAAGAUGUCAGCUCUUGCACUUUCAGUGAAUGUCUUGCACCACAGUCUGAUUUUCUCUAUAAGAUGAAAACCUACGAAUUAUACACUUUAUGUUUGAAAAAGAUCACAUUUUAUUAAGUUUAAAGCUGAUUUUUACAAUAGCAAUGCCAUAUAAGGAUUAAGGCAUUCACAAAGAAUUUAAAGACAAAAGUAGUUAAUAUUGAUGGCCAAUGAAGUGCCAAAGUGUUGAUUGCAUUUGGAUGGAUUCAUCAAAAGACAUUUGGGAGCAUUUUAAUUUCAAAGCUUUUGAUCUGUUGCUGCAACUUACCUUAGUUAAAGAGUAGCAAUGAUGGUAAUUUUAUUUAGGUACGACACCAGUUAAGAUAAUUAAGGUAAUAUUUGACACAAUUAUCUUAAGACACUGGAAACUUUGAUGUGCUUUUGGUGAGAUAUGUAUAUGGCUAGUAAUUUCACUAUACAUUUUAGAAGACAGAACCUCAGUAAAAUUGCCACUACUGAAAAGCCAUAAUCACUAAAUCCUCACUGAAAAGUCAUAUUACGAAUAGAUUAAUCCGUAAACUAACCACCUACUGUCACGAACCCCGCUCCUCUGCCCCAUCCCCGCUUCGUCGCACACACACUCACUCCUCAAGCUCGCACGCUCGUUCCGCCCCCUCGAGCUCGCACACUCGUUCCGCCCCCCUCGAGCUCACGCUCGUUUUGCUCCCUCGAGCUCUCACGCUCGUUUUGCUCCCUCGAGAUCUCCUGCUCGUUAGCAGGUCUCUCUCCUCGGGCUCACAUGCACGCUCCUAUGGCCAGAACAUUAUGACCACCUGCACUCGUCUCAAUCACCUCUUUAUUCGUUUCACCUGCACUCGUCUCGUCACCUUUCAUUGUUUACACCUGCACCUUCCCCUAUAAAUACCACAGCACAUCCGUUUCACGGUUGUUGGUUAUUGUAUUUAGUUUCCCGUGUCUUUGCCCCCCGCUAGUCUCGUCUAGUUUUGACCUCCUCUCGUUUACCUCUUAGCUUGCCAGCUCCCCUUGUUCCCCUGUCUUUUGCUCCCACUAGUCUCGUCAUUUUCCUCUUGAUUCCCCGGCUUUCGACCUCACGCUCCCUUUGACUACUCUUCACUGGAUUUGCCCUUUUUCUGUACUUUUGCCUGCCUGCAAUAAAACGCAGUUUUUGACUUACAUUGUGACUGUCUCUUCUUGUGCGGGUUACACCAACACGUCGUGUAAGUGAAGUAACAAGAACUUGUUUAACUUGUUAAAGGGAUAGUUUACAUAAUUUCCUCACCCUCAUGUUGUUCUAAUCCAUUAUGACUUUAUUUUUUCUUUUCUUUUUCCUGUGGAAUGCUAUAAAGUUAGCCAAAGUUAGCAUUUUAGUGUGAAUGCAGCACCUUUAAGACAACUGGUAUAUAUGCACUGCAAAUCAAGAGGUGCCCUUGCUAAAUAUAGCAUUUAGCAUGGAUAACUCAUUAUAAUUUCAAAUGGCUUCUCUUCCUUUAGUGUCUCAGGGAAAGAUGACUUUAAUCUAAUCUACUGAAGGUCCCUUAGCAGUUCUUACCUGCAUUUCUUUAGGAUAUUAAAAAUCAAGCCCACCAAAUUCAAUCAACAGACUUUGUGUUUUAAAAUAGUCUCCACAGAUCAGCCUAAAUGUUAGAAUGAGAUAAGAGAGAAAAGCUUUCCACUCCAAGAUCUUUAGAUUCACAGUUCUUUGGUUUAAUAGCAUAAAUCGAACAUAAAAUAAAAAUGUUUUUUAAAUCAUUUGCAAAAGUUUUUCAUUGAAAUGCCUGUGUAGGAAACACACUGUUCUUCUUUCUUCAGCUGAUCAUUCCUGUAAUUCUGUUUGGUUUGUCAAAGGUUUAGGUAAAGAGAAGCAAUUAUACGGUAUUUAACAGGAUAUGUCAAGACACAAUGUUCUGUUCUCCAAGGGCAUUUUUUUUCUCUCUCCCAUGCUUCCAAUAUACACGAUCAGCCACAACAUUAAAACCGCAUGCCUCAUAUUGUGUAGGUCCCCCUCAUGACACCAAAACAGCACCAAAAUAGCAUUCUGAGAUUAUAUUCUUCUCACCACAAAAAUCGGAGUUACCGUAGACUUUGUCAGUUGAAACCAGUCUGGCCAUUUUCUGUUGACCUCUCUCGUCAACAAGGCAUUUCUGUCCACAGAUUUGUCACUCACUGGAUAUUUUUUGUUUUUGGCACCAUUAGGAGUAAAUUUCAGAGACUUUUGUGCAUGAAAAUCCCAGGAGAUCAGCAGUUGCAAAUACUCAAACCAGCCUAUCUGGCACCAAAAAUCAUGCCACGGUCCAAAUAUUUGCGAUAAAACGUUUCCCCCGUUCAUCCCACGGUUGAUGUGAACAUUAACUGAAGCUCCUGACCUGUAUCUGUUGAUUUUAUGCACUGCAGCCACACAAUGAUAAUCACAUUUGAUGAUUAUCCAAGAUGGCGGCGCGGUAGCACGCAGCGGCCACUCCGGAUCCACAAUGGUGCUAUUUUUGUUAAAAAAGCCCGACUUUUGCAACACAUGGACAUCGGAGCAACCGGUGUUCGUGUCUACCAUCGCCAGACACUACUGAAAUAUAAGACUCAUGCAAAAACCAAGCUGCAUGAUGACCUGCAGGAGGCGCUACGCGUAUUCGGCUUGCUGCGGAGACCAG